CCCAAUUCCACUCAUCUGCUAAUCUUCACACCUAUACCAACAGAGAUAGAGAUAGAGAGAGAAAAGAAUGGCUUGUGUAGCUGUAAAUUCUCUUAUCAGAACAUUAGAGCUUGAGUUCUUGCAACCUCACCCUCGUCCAUUCCUACAACAAUUGGAACUCAUCCCUUUUAACAAAGACCUCAUCCAAUCUCUCCAUGCAAAGCUUGGUUUUCUCAUACAACUGUUCGACGAGUUCAGAAUGGAUGGUGUUGAAGCAAUUAAAGACUUGGAAACAGAGCUCAGAGAUGUAGCUUUCAGAGUAGAAGAUGAAAUUGAACUCUAUGUGGUACAUCUCUGUAAAGAAGCUGACCAGGAAAUGGGACAAGAGGACACUGAAGCCAAAAAAACUCAGCAUUCUCAUAGACUUAGUCAUGUAUUGCAACAAUCAAUAGAAGACAUUGAUGCAAUUAAAGAAGAGGUGGAGAAAGUCAUGAUGGAGUACAAGCAUGACAUAGCUGCGCAAGGAAGGAAGACUACACUUGAUGUUAUUCCAAAAUCUGAUGAUGAACUUGUCAAGAUGGACAGUUCCGGUUCUUCCAAUCAUGCUUCACACACUGAGGACAUAAUGGUCGGGAAGAACAAUGAGUUCGAUACUAUAAUGAAAAUGCUAAUACAACAUCCAUCUAAACAACGAGAAGUUGUCUCAAUUCAAGGUAUGGGAGGAAUCGGCAAGACAACAUUAGCUAGACGAGUUUUUGAAAAUCCAUCAAUUGUCUCCAACUUUGACAGACAAUUAUGGGUUGUUGUAUCACAACAUCACAAUAAGAGGCAAAUGCUCUUAGAUCUUCUUGGUUCUAAAGACAAUGUAAACAAUAGCGAUGAUGGGGAUCUAGCAUUACAACUCUACCAAAGUUUGAAGGGUCAAAGGUACUUCGUAGUGAUGGAUGAUGUAUGGAGCAUAGAGUCAUGGAAUGAUGUUAACUCUUGCUUUCCAGACGAUAUAAAUGGGAGUCGAGUAUUGUUGACUACUCGCGUUGCAGAGGUGGCUACUUAUAUUGGCUCUAACAAUUACUUCUCCCAUCAAAUGCACUUAUUAGAUCAGAGUGAAAGUUGGGAAUUAUUUCAUAAAAAGGCAUGCAAAUCUCACAGUGUUGAAUUUGAGACAAUUGGGAGACCAAUUGUUGAGAAAUGUAACGGACUGCCGUUAGCAAUUGUUGUGGUAGCAGGUUUAUUUUCAAAACUCAAUACACUAGUUGAGUGGAAGAAUACUGCUAAUGCUCUAAUAAGUUCUUCAACAUCAACUCUAGAUGAUGAAGAAUGUUGGAGAAUCCUUUCAUUGAGUUAUAGUCACUUGCCCCAUAAUUUGAAAGCUUGCUUUUUAUAUUUAGGAGUUUUUCCAGAAGAUUAUAAGAUCAAUGCUAACAACCUUGCAAGGUUAUGGGCUGCGGAAGGACUUGUAAAGGCAUUUAAGAAUGAGAGUUUUGAAGCGGUGGCUAAAAGGUACAUAAAUGAACUUAUGGAUAGAAACUUAAUUCUUGUAAGCACAAGAAGUAGUUGUGGAAGAAAAAUUAAAGAGUUUAAAGUACAUGAUUUAUUGCAUGCCUUUUGUGUAAGAGAAGGUCAGAACCAGUGUCUUUUGUAUGUUGCCGACGAGAGUGGUUGCAAUUUCCCUGAGAAAGGUGUCCGUUGGAUAAGAAUGCAAAGGGUGUCAUUUCAAGAUUUUGGCAUCUCUGCGUUACUUUCUCUGUCAAAACACUGCCGGUCCAUCUUUUAUUUUCUGGAGUGGCACAAAUAUCAUUCAAUAAGUUUGGUAUUUUUCAGCUUAUUGAGGGUACUCUAUGUUACUGAAUUCCGUUCGCCAAGUCCGACUGUUCAUAUCCAUUUGAGAUACCUACAGAUAUUCCGGGACUUUGAUCCUCUUGAUUCAUUAGUCUCCAAAGCUUGGAAUCUUCAAACAUUUAGUGUGUCUGCAGGAUUGAAGGAUUUGAAGCUUCCACAAGUACAGUAUAUUAGCUGUCGUGUACUUUAUGAUUUGCCCAAAUCUGUUCAUCGAAACUUGCAGGUCAUUUCUGGAUUGCUGUCUAAUGAUUGCGACCAAGAGUCCUUAACUAAAGUUCCAUACCUAAAGAAGGUAUCUAUUAUUAUAAGCAAAACCAAUGAUUGCACUAAGGACCUUGUCUGUUUACUGCAGCUUGAGAGUUUGUCUCUUUGGGUUAGAACAUGGACCUCUACCUAUGUAAUUCCGGAUAGGAUGGCUCAAAUCAUUAACAAUAUUCUUCUCUUGAAAAACAUUAGGAAGCUGAGGUUUGAUUUUAUAGAAUCUAAGUGGGAGGUAAUUAAUGUUUUGAGCAAGUUACCAAGGCUUGAGGUGCUCAAGUUAAGGUAUUGUGAGCUUGGAGAAAAGUGGGAAGUACCAGAGAAUGUGAAAUUCUGCCACUUAAUUUGUUUGCAAAUUCGGUCUGUUAAUCUCAAGCAUUUGGAAGUUGGUGCUGAUAAUUUUCCAAAACUUGAGCACCUAUUCCUUGAAGAUUGCUAUAAAUUGAGAGAGAUCCCGAAUAGCUUUGCAGAAAUUCCAACAUUGAACUUAAUCCAAUUAGAGAAGUGCCAUCCUUCUGCAGUGGAGUCAGCAAAGCAAAUUCAGGCUGAACAGCAUGACUAUGGAAACCAAAAUAUGGUUGUCAUUGAGAAAUAUAUGGUUGUCAUGGAGUCAGCCAAGUAAAUUCAGCUUGAAGAUGACUCCGAUGAAGGCGAGUUUGAUGAAGAUGAGGAGUAGAUGAUGCAAAGCUAUUGCAAAGAAAAACUCUAAAGCUGCUAAUUAAUUUGAAUAGGCUAUAGAUUACUAUAUUACAUACUGUCUUGUAUUGCAUCUAUGAAUGAACAAUAUAAUCUGCUGCAAUUAUUUAAGGCUUGCUAGGUGGAUUUAAGAGUUGUAAAAAUAUUUUGAUCUAUCUCAUCAACAAUAUUAAUAGUGAUGAAUUCUCUUUAACUUCAACGUAGCUGCAUUAGCUUGCUCUUCUUCAUCUAAUAUUUAUAACCAGAGUAAGCUA